AGUCAUUGUUUUUUCUCUCUCUAAACUCAUUUACUACUUCUAGAGAGAGAAACGGAUUGGUCUUCCUUUUGCCGCCCUAGAGAGAGAGAGAGAGAGAGAGAAGCUUCCUUUACUUUGCAAAGUCAAAGUACAAACCAUUACGCAUUACUCUGUAAACUGCCAAUCUUCUUUCCUCCUUUGGAUUUUCCUCCUCUGGAUUUCUAUUUCCUUUCAAUCCCCAACUUUUCCUCUUCGCAUUCGCUUCUAUCAUCUUCUUCCCCUCGAUUUCUCUCUCUGUUCCUCUGUCUCGAUCUUUUUUUGCCUGGUUAUCUUGUGUUCUCCUGAAAAGCAACUUCUGUCUCGGCGUUCUUUCACAUGAGUCCAAAUACAGCGUCGUCCAGUGCUGGAGCUGGUGGAUCGGCGGAUUCUUCGACUGCCAGGAGGAAUUCUAAGCGACCCAAGUAUUCAAGGUUUACGCAGCAGGAACUCCCCGCUUGCAAGCCAAUUCUUACACCCCGAUGGGUGAUUUCAACUUUUCUACUCGUUAGUGUUGUCUUCAUUCCCCUUGGAGUUGUCUCGCUUUUGGCUUCUCGGGAUGUUGUUGAAAUUGUCCACCGGUAUGAUGCUGCAUGCGUACCCCCGUCCUCUAGAAAUGAUAAGGCGGGAUUUAUACAAGGCCCUGAAGAUAAGAAAUGCAACAGAACGUUAACAGUCCCUAAGCAUAUGAAGCAGCCUAUCUAUGUGUACUACCAGCUUGAAAACUUUUACCAGAAUCAUCGGAGGUAUGUAAAAAGCCGAAGUGAUGCACAAUUGAGAGAUCCAAGUAGUGAGAAUGAUGUAAGCUCUUGUAAGCCUGAGGACAAUGCAGAAGGAUUACCAAUCGUGCCUUGUGGUCUCAUUGCUUGGAGUUUAUUCAAUGACACGUAUAAUUUUACCCGCAACAACCAACAUUUGAAUGUGAACAAGAGGGGCAUCUCAUGGAAGAGUGAUAGGGAACACAAGUUUGGAAAAAAUGUGUUUCCAAAAAAUUUUCAAAACGGAAGUCUUAUUGGUGGUGCAAGUCUUAUUCCCAAUGUAUCAUUAAGUGAACAGGAGAACCUUAUUGUCUGGAUGCGGACAGCUGCACUGCCAACUUUCAGAAAGUUGUAUGGGAAGAUAGAGGUGGAUCUGAAUGAGGGUGAAACCAUCCAAGUUACAUUGCAGAACAAUUACAAUACUUACAGCUUUAAUGGCAAGAAGAAACUUGUGCUUUCAACUACUAGCUGGCUUGGAGGGAAGAAUGACUUCCUUGGCAUUGCUUAUCUUACUGUUGGUGGGAUCUGCUUCUUCUUGUCCUUGACCUUCUUCGUUAUGUAUCUCGUCAAGCCAAGGCGACUUGGAGAUCCUUCUUACUUGUCAUGGAACAGAAAUCCUGGAGGCCGCUAACAAGCUUAUGCAUUGAGUAUCUCACAGAUUAGUUGUCUUGAAAUGCUCUUAUUUCACCCCCCUCCAUUGUUAAUAUGAAAUUGGUUGUUGCAUGCUCCAAAGUGUAGUGUUUGUUUGAAAUAUGUAUUUUUGGUGAACUUGACAUCAGGAAAUUUGAUUUAUAAUUUAACAAA